CCAAAAUCACAAUAACAUGGCCUGAGUGGGCUUUACACAACAUCUUCUGUUCUUAGACCCUUGAUCUGAGAGAGGAAAAACUUGUCAUACUGAGAAAAAAAAACGAAAACAAAACAGAGAGGAACAAAAAUAAAUGGAAGAAACCUCUGGAAGGAGGGAUCCCUGUCCCAGGACAUGCAACAGAUGUCACAUGUACAGAACAGAAGAACAAAAAUCAGUUUUUCAAAUUGUACUGGCAGAAUAUCAGAUACAAAUUACAUAAAGAAAGUAAAAACAGUGUAAAAAUGCUGUUGUCCUUUAUCAUCAGUUUGCUUGUGAUUACAACCUCUCCCCCAAAACUACAUAGUGCACCUUUAAUGCAAUAGCCUCAAAAUUGAGUUAAUGCCAGAAAUUGUCAUGCAAUCAUUAGACCAUUGUUCCCUAAAGUGCAAAUUAGCACAACCCUAAAUAACCCACGAUAAACUAAUAUGUGUUUUUUUUCAUUAUAAGUAACCCUGUUAAACGUACAUUUGAGGCUCAUUGAACACCUUCUGUUGAAGUGUAGCAGCAGUGGGGACGGAAUACUGUGUGACACCGUGCGGAAACCAGCCGUUAAAACUGUUAACUUAGAAAAAAACUCGUCGAUAUUUGACGUGUAAAAUCUACAAACACAUUACAAAAACUUAAAAAUCACGUAUUAUCAGACACGUUGUUCACGCUAUAAAUUUCUAAACUUUAAAUCUGUACUUUUUUUUUUUUUUUAUCCGCCGUGUGAUGAAUCGACCCCGGGCUCUUUUUUUUCUGGAUGUGUACUUCCGCGUCUAAUGUUUUUUUCCCACUGACACACGACAACUUUCGGAACAGGAAACCUAUUAGACGCUCCGACUGUCGUUUUCUCUCCAUUUUCGGCAGGGCGUGUUUGGGGCUCAGUGCUCUAACCCAGCCAUGAGCAUCAUCGGGGCCGAGGAUGAGGAUUUCGAGAACGAUCUGACUGAUGUGGUCGAUGACCAGUGCUCAUGCUUCAACAACAUAGAACAGCUGAAGGAUCGGCCGGCCCACCUGCUGGUCUUCUUGCAACAUGUCAUUCUGCAGUUUGACCCUGCCCCCCUGCUGUGUUACCUCCAUGCUGACCUCUUCAGGAGCCUCAACACCAAAGAGACCAAGAAACAGUUUGUGGAGUUCAACAACACUUUCUUGGACAAGGGUGCAAUUCUCAGAGUAGCAGCACCACCUAAUGUAACCUAUGAAUUGGACCGAACCCGUCCAGAUCUGCUCGCCGAGGACACCCAAAGACGUUAUGUUCAGGAGGUUCAGGCCCUGCAGGCGGCCGAAGUGGCCAAACAGCUGGAAGAUUUCAAGCAGAAAAGGAUGAUGGGCAUGACCCCCAACGAGGCUGAGCUCAUUGACGUGGAGAGUCACUAUCCCACCGACCGCAUCCCGUUGGAGAUGAAGGAGAAGUCUGUAGCUGAAAAUCUGCUGGACAAGAUGUCUGAGACACAACCGUCGAUUGUCUCAGAUGAAGAAAAAUGCCAAUCCAUCUUCACAGCGGUGGCCUUCUACAUGAAGCACCUCGGGGUUAAAACCAGGGCGGUCGACAGUAAGAAGUCGAGGGGAGGCUUCUUCAGGAGACAGCUAGUCAAGAAUAAGAAGGAAGAGUCCACAAAGGGCAAACCCAGAGGUGUGUUUCCUGGCAUCCCAAGCUGGAUUGCAGGCAACACUGAGGUCAAACCUAAAACGGAGCCUGAAGCGGAAAAGGAGAAACCAAAUCCAGAGCGUAAGGCUCCAAUGACUAGCAGGGGCUCUCUGACCGACCCUGCAGCCCCGUCACUCCCCAGCAAGAAGUCCAGUUCCAUUGGAAGCCCCGCCUCCGUGACUGGGUCAGAGAUCAGUGAUGGCUCCAGCAACAACAUCAGCACAACCAACAACCCAGAGUCUUCACACAUCGAUGGCCUCUCAUCCAAUCGCUUAGAGCCUCCGACCCUCUCUGACGGGGGUGAUGUGUCCCCUGUCGGGUUGGGAGGAGGGCUGACGGUUGGGGAGCUGCUCGCACCCAGCGACACUCCCUCAGAGGAAAAUCUGGAGAAAGACAGACGGAAGACAAGUAGGAAAGUGGCGCGUAGCGAGAGUGCCCGCGUGGACCGGCACUCCUCUCGGCGCCGUGGCUCAUCCCGGGCCAAACAGUCUCGCUCCCGUAGCGAUGUGGACCUGCAGCCGCCCUCUACCACGGCAACAUCACCUUCCCCGUUCACCCCCCAGCACCUCCAUCCUUUUGAAGGACCAGUUUUGGCUGCUGAAGGGCCCGGCCAGUCCCCCACCAGCCCCUCCCCACAGCUGGAGGAGAUGGACCCGCGCCUCCUGGAGUUUGAGCAGGACCCGCCCAACUGGAGGGAGCUGGCCUCCCCUGAAGCCCUGUCCAGUCUCGGCAAGAAGGAGACCAAGAGGCAGGAGGUCAUCAAUGAGUUGUUUGCAACGGAGCAUGCCCAUGUCCGGAUGUUAAGUGUCCUUCAGAUGAUCUUCUCAAAACCUUUGGAGAGAGAGGAGCUCCUGACUGCCAAUGAGCUGGCCGCCAUUUUCCCCAACCUGGAUGAGAUCAUUGAUAUGCACCACAACUUCUAUGAGAACCUGAAGAAACUGCGUUUGGAUGACUGCUUCAUCGUGAAAUCCAUCAGCACGACGGUGCUCAACAGAUUUGGGGGCACCGAAGGGGAGUGGUUCCAGAAAUUGACAGCUCGUUUCUGCAGUCACCAGUCGUGGGCCUUGGACCAGAUCAAGAGCAGGCAGAAGAAAGAGCCACGCUUCAACUCCUUUAUACAGGAGGCAGAGAGUAAGCCCCAGUGCCGCAGGCUGCAGCUCAAGGACAUCAUUCCCAUAGAGAUGCAGAGACUGACCAAAUACCCAUUGCUGCUGGAGAAUAUUGCCAAGAACACAGACAACCCGACAGAGAAGGAGAGGAUCCAACAGAGCGCAGAGUGCUGCAGAAAGAUCCUCAACCAUGUCAAUGAGGAGGUCAAAGUGAUGGAGAACCUAUUGACUCUGAAGGACUACCAGCGUAGAUUGGACACAUCAGGGCUCAAACCCAGUAAUGAGCUUUAUACUGAAUAUAAGAACAUAGACCUGACUCAGAAGAAGAUGCUUUAUGAAGGCCCUCUGACCUGGAAAGUCACAAAGGAGAAGGCAAUUGACGUGCAGUGUGUGCUGCUUGGAGACCUGCUGGUGCUCCUGCAGAAGCAGGAUGACAAGAUGGUCCUCAAAUGCCAGAGCAAGAGUAACAUAGCCCUGCAGGAGGGCAAGCAGAUGCUGAGCCCUAUUAUCAAGCUGGACUCGGUCUUCCUACGUGAGGUGGCCACAGAUCGAAAGGCCUUCUAUGUGAUUUUUACCUGGGACAGCGGUGCUCAGAUCUAUGAGCUUGUGGCUCAGUCUGUUGGAGAGAGGAAAAUCUGGACUGAGGUGAUAAAAGCAGCAGUGGAUGAUCUGAAGAAGAGUGGAGCACCCAUGAGGUUGACACUGCCUCCUGAAGGUGGAGGAGCUCCCCUCAGUCCCUCUGUGCUGAAUGCCCCUUUGAGCCCGACAGAGAAUGGGAGUUUGAAAAACAGCAGCGAUCGAGAUAAAGACAGCUUGACGGAUGAGAAGUCUUCAGACCCGAGGCACAGGCUGAUUGAUUUCCUGUCAGAGAAAGGCUUUGACCUGAUAGGCCACUCCAACAGCGACCAGGAGAAGGUGGCCAGCAGUGCUUUAGAUGAAGUCAUGUCACUGAAGAGGCUGUUGGUGGGCAGCAUCAGUCUGUCAGAAGACUCGCAGGAUGAUGAAGAAAACGGAGAGGAGCAAUCAGAGAGGCCCAGUCAAGAAAUGGACAGCUGUCAGUCGACAGAAGAAAGCCAGAGCACAGACAGAGGAGCAGAGGAGGAGAACGAUAACUCUUGUGAAAAAGAAGGUGCGGGGAUGAAGGGAGAGGAUGAGAGGAGCAUCAGUGCACCUCUGAGGCUGUCCCAGGAGAGGAUGGAGGAAGUGUGCAGGAGGCUCCACAGUCUGCAGGACCACCUAAAGAGACUACAGACUGUAGAAGAUGAGCACCACAAGCUGCAGGAGGCCCUUUCCAAGUUCUCACUGGAGGGGAGACACUUCCAAUAAGACACCAUCACGCCACCUGCUGGCCACUAGAUUUUUACUGGUGCUGGUUUGGAGUGCAAGAGUUACUUUGAGAAGCUUCCCUGGAAAUUCCUAAACCCCUUGUGCCUGGGCCCUCGCUGCAUUAGCGGGCUUUACGCACAGUGCAGUGGUUCAGUGUUGGAACAUGGGAGGUGUGUGCAUGUGUAUGUGUGUCUGUCUGCGUGUGUGCGUGCGUGCAUGCUUGAUAGAGAGGUAUACAAAGAAAAAAAACAUCCUACUUUUGAGUGGGAGGUUGUUAUUUGCGGAGAGUUGCCAAAAACAAAACAAAAAAUGAAGCAAUAUUUUGCUGUGAGAGAGAUGCUGCCUAACAAAAUGUAGUGAUUGCAAUCUGCUGUAACACACAUACGCACACCAGAGACAUGCACGCUAGAAAAUAAUUUACAUUGUUGCCAAUAGGCAGAUGUACAGUAAAGGAGAAAUCCUGUGUUUGCCUGCCAAGUUAGCUUUAACCAGGUGGAAGCCUUGAGGGGCCAAUGUAGCGUGUGAAGAUGUAUUGAAAUACUACUGCUGAUAUAUAGUGUUAGUUCUAUUACGCCAAAGUACCACAGAGAUGCACUUUUUUUCUCAUCAAAACGAGCUGAACCCACACUGUUUGUGCAAAAUUUAUGACAUUUAUUCUCUAUACAGUACACUUCUUGAACAGUUGGGCUUGUUAUUGAAAAGACUGCAUGCUAGAAAGUGUGUGUAUGUGUGUUACAAAGUUUUUAACCAAGGACGUGCUUGUUUGGAGGGUUCUUACUGUCAUUAGGUCGCCUAGGAACAUUUAUAAAUAGUGGCACUAUAGGUAAUCAUGCUGGUAAUAAUGGAGACCUGUUUGUAUUUACCGCUUUUAUUUAUUCUUCUGAGUUCUGUCGGGUCAGUGAGUUGCCUCACCUGCGUGAAGCUGUUAAGGCACCGGGCCCCAGAAAAAGAUCAGCGAUGUGUUUGAGAAGCAGAGCAAAACAUAAGAAGGCGAAACGUAGAACGUGUAGCAGAGAUCAAGGUAGGGAGUGAAGGAGAGAGAUGAAGGGAUGGGGGAGUGAGGUCAGAAGUUGUUGUUGUUGUUGUUGUUGUUGUUUGUUUGGAGCCAGCUCGAACCAGACGGUCACGGGAAGAUGCGUAGAGAACACGAGAUGGAGGAUUUGCGCUCGAUGUACGGAAGAAAAAUAUAGACACACCAUACACACACACACACAUAUAUAUUCACCUGUGAACAGUGAGAGCCCAGAGCUACAGCCGUCUGUGUUCACAGAGGUCAAUUAGUGCCAACGUCACUUCCACCACCACAUGUGGUUACAAAAUUGUAUUAUACAACGGUAGAUUCUUGUUACAUUAGUGAAAAUACUAUUCUUCCCUGGUAGCAAUAUUUGUGUCGAAAUUGAGCUCAUCUUUGUAUUUUAUUCAGCAGUUGAUUGUAAUUCUAAUUAUGAUGAAUUGAUUUCAGAGUAGUGGCAUAACUGUGGCCGUGGGCACAGGACCAAAGACGUAACAAAGCACCGUUAGAUCCUCAUACGAGCUGUAAUUUUCUUAUCGACACGCUUAAUCUGUACAGUGUAAUAGCAUGUUACUCAACGCUGAUGCUUUUAAGCCGCUUUUCCUCUCCUCGAACUGUGGCAACUUGAGUGAAGGGAUUUCUAAAGCACGCAGAAGAAUGAAGCAUUGUUUGUCAAUAAACGAAUCAUGGUUUUGGACUAAAUGUACAAGUAAAUACCAAGAUGAAGAAUGCUGGACCAAACCCAAAUAGAAUAGUUUCUAUCAGAGAGUUUUCUUGUGACUUCCAUCAGCGACAAAAAAAAAAAAAAAACACAAUGAAAAAGUUGUCUUGAGAGUCUGUUUGGGUCAAUAACUGUACAAGUGUAAGUAAAAGCCAGUGUGACUGCCACAAGCUGUUCUCUUCUGACCUGGAUGGAGGACUGUUAACACCUCUGGUGCUAAAUCGAACACAUGGGACCUGUUCCAGCAGCAGAACAAGGACAAGAAAACAAUAGAGUGCAGCCAGAUGAGGACACAAAGGAAACGCUGAAGGCUUAAGAGGAAGGAAGACUGCAGUCUCAUUCCAGCGUCGCUCUCACCAGUACUGUAAUCAUUAUCACUUCCUGAUAUGCAUCCUCAUAGUUGUUGCUGCAACAACAAUCGCCCCCUUUGGCUUUACUGAACGUCAGUAUGAAAUUUUGCAGAUGAUGGUUCCAUGAGUCACUUGAGUUUCACAAGUUGCUCAAUGACGUACGUUUGUGUUUCACUGCCUUUACUGCCCGUGUCUUCCUCAUAGACAAUUGUACAUAGAUGUCAGCUUGAAGGAAAAAAAAAAUGUAGAGAAUGCAUACAUUUGCCUCCCCUCUCCAUUUUUGUGUUUAUUUAGUGCAUUAGCUCCACACACCUCUUGAUAACACCCUUCACUUGUUAUAGCAUGAUCACCUUUUCCUUCUGCACAGUUUUACCAUAUGUUGUGUAUUUCAUUUGAUUUACUUAAACGGGUCGGGGAGGCUUUUUUUGUUACUUUUUGUUUUCGACAAGCUCUUGUAAUUAUGAACUUUUUGUGUUUGGCCGCAACGGUGAGAGAGAGGGGACGUGUCUGUAACUUGUCUAUGCAUGAACGGAUUGAGCAACUAUGCAAAUAUAGUAGUAUUGGUGUGCACAUCACAGCACAAACCAGCUCUGGUUAAGCGAUGGGAAACGUUAAGAUUAAUCAUCUAAACCAGAGAUUUUUUUUUUUUUUUUAAAUAAUCAAAUUGCAGGUGAAACCCAGCUAACAGUGAUGCCUUCACUGACUGGCUGGAUGACUGCUACAGGCACUUCUCUCGCUCUCUCUCCUCCAGAUGCCUUUCCUCAUGCAUUCUAUAUACAAAUACAUAGAUGUAUAGAAAAUGUAUUUAUAGAGUGAUGCCUUGUUUUGACAAUCAAGUUGUUUUCUUCAUAAAGGGCUCUGAAGUCUGCAAACACAAUCAUUGUUGUUUUUGUCUGGGCUGUCUUGGAACGGAGGACUGUGACACCGAGAGACAGUGAGCUUUGAGAGAUCAUCCCACGAUUCUGCUUUUGUGUCCACCUCCACGACAGCUUUUAGGACUCGAGCCCCUCCACCAACUCAGCCAGCCAGUGCCCUGUAUAAUAGAAAAGACUUUGCUCCUUGUCAUAAACAGGCACCUGCCUUCUGGUCUAUAUAUAAACAACAAAUAUGCAAGAACUAUACUGUGUAUUUGGCUUUUGAUUUUUAUUGUAUAAGAGGCUCUUUAAUGAUGUAUACUUCAGGAAAUUUGUGGUACGUUGUUUUUUUUAAUUCUUCAUUUUUUAAAUAAAUUGGGGAAAUAAA